AUGGAAAAUAAUUUGUAAUUUACAACGCCAAAAAAGUCUUAGAGAGCAUAAAGAGAUGAAAAUGGGAUGGUAAAUGACGAGUUAGAAUAUGAAGCAGGAGAUCUAAGAAGACAAUAAAGCGAAUUAAGAGGGAAGAUAGAAGAUAGAUAACAUAUGCUACAAUUACAAAAAGUUAAUUAAUCAUAAGCAAAUCAAACAUUCAGAUUUCUUUAAAUUGUGAAUAUCUUUUUUUCUUUACUUUUUGGUAUAGGAUGUUUAACCCUCUACCCUGAGAUUCAUCUUAUUAACAAAAAAGUAUUUUAUUUAGUCAUCUUCUAUAUGGCUAUAAGUAUAUUGUGCUUCUUCUUUAGCUUAAUCAUUAUGAUUAUAUUUUGGUUUGGAAGCAAAAUAUUUCAUAAAAACUAAAAUUAAUAACAGGCAUAAAAUCCUCCUAGCCACUAAAACACUAACCGUAGUAAUCCAGUAAAUAAUGAUGUUGAAAUGUAUAACUCCCAAUUAAAUAGAAAUAAUGUUAACUAUAACAGUGCAACUAACUUAAUAUUUGCAAAUAAUUAUAAUAACUAUAAUAGCAAUAACGCAUAAUAACUUAAUCAAUCAAUGGAAAGUGAACAUAGUGUGAUCGCCUUUAGGACUGUUAAUAAUAAUUUAGAUUAAGUUCCCUGGUGCAACGUAGGUUGGUUCCCAUUAGUUUAUUUCUCAACUCUUUAUAUUGCUUAUUUCGUGUAUUUAAUUUUAAGCACAAGCUUGAUAGUAGAAACAUGGUAAAAAAUACCUUUGCUUGUUUCUAUCUUUUUAAUAUAUAUCUACAUAGUUGGUGUAUUACAUGUGGUAAUGGCCCUUACUUUAUUAUUUACUAAAAAAUUUAUUUCUCGUCAUAUUGAAGAAAUGGAAGAAGCUGAAGUCUACAAAGUAAAUGAUGAAGAAAUACAAAGAAGAAAAUAAGAAAUACUAGAAGCUCGUAAUAGAGAUAUCUAAAAUACUCAAAGAAAUAAAUGA